CCGUUGGCCGUGCGGCGCGGCGGGGCAGGCACAACCCCGCGGGCAGCGGCGGGGGCAGCGGGGCCGCCCCGCCUUCCUCCUCCGCGCUCCCCUCCCUCCCCUCGGCGCUCCGGACAGGACAAUGGAGGAGGCGGCGGCGGCGGCGGCGGCAGCGGCGGCGGCGGCGGCAGGGGGGGCCCUGCCCGGCCCGGCGGAUCGCGGCGGGGCGGCGGCGCUGAGCGGGGAGAACGAGGCCGAGAGCCGCCAGGGCCCGUCGGAGCGCGGCGGGGAGGCGGCCCCGCUCAACCUGUUGGACACUUGCGGCGUGUGCGGGCAGCCCAUCCAGAGCCGGCGGCCCAAGCUGUUGCCUUGUCUGCACUCGGUGUGCCUGCGCUGCCUGCCGCCGCCCGACCGCUACCUCAUGCUGCCCCCCGCCGGCCCCCCCGCGUCCGCCGCCGCCCCCCACAAGGAGCCGCAGCCGCCGGCGCCCCCCUCCCCGCCCGGCUCCUCGCCCCUGCACUGCACGCCCGUUGGUGUUAUCCGCUGUCCAAUUUGUGGUCAGGAAUGUGCAGAGAGACACAUCAUAGAUAACUUUUUUGUGAAGGAUACCACAGAGGUUCCCAGUAGCACAGUAGAAAAAUCAAAUCAGGUCUGUACAAGCUGUGAAGAUAAUGCAGAAGCUAAUGGUUUUUGCGUGGAAUGUGUGGAAUGGUUGUGAACCUGUAUCAGAGCUCACCAGAGGGUUAAAUUCACAAAGGAUCAUACUGUACAGAAAGAGGAAGUAUCUCCAGAGGCAGUUGGUGUGACCAGUCAACGACCUGUGUUUUGCCCUUACCACAAAAAGGAGCAGUUGAAAUUAUAUUGCGAAACCUGUGACAAGUUGACCUGCCGAGACUGCCAGUUAUUAGAACACAAAGAGCACAGGUACCAGUUUAUAGAAGAAGCUUUUCAGAACCAGAAAGUGAUCAUUGAGACACUCAUCACCAAAUAUGAGAAGACUAAAUAUAUAAAAUAUACAGGGAAGCAGAUUCAAAACAGAAUUCUUGAGGUGAAUCAGAAUCAAAAGCAGGUGGAACAGGAUAUUAAAGUUGCCAUAUUUACACUGAUGGUAGAAAUAAACAAAAAGGGAAAAGCUCUGCUGCAUCAGUUGGAGACUCUGGCAAAAGAGCAUCGGAUGAAACUUUUGCAGCAACAACAGGAAGUGGCAGGUCUCUCUAAACAGCUGGAACAUGUCAUGAAUUUUUCCAAAUGGGCAGUUUCCAGUGGGAGCAGCACAGCACUACUGUACAGCAAACGCUUGAUUACAUAUCGACUACGCUAUCUUCUCCGAGCGAGGUGUGAUGCUUCACCAGUGACUAACAAUACCAUCCAGUUUCACUGUGACCCUAGCUUCUGGGCUCAAAAUAUUUUUAAUCUAGGUUCUCUGGUAAUUGAAGAUAAAGAAACAGCACCGCAUAUGCCCAAGAGCCCUGUGAUGGAAACAAAUUUGCAGCCAGCAGGCAACUUACCUUCAAACCAGCUGUCUAAGUUCCCAACACAAAUAAACUUGGCUCAGCUCCGACUCCAGCACAUGCAGCAACAGGUUAUGGCUCAGAGGCAGCAAGCUCAGCGCAGAGCAGGUCCAGUAGGUUUACCAAAUCCAAGAAUGCCUGGAGCUAUGCAGCAGCCUCCUGCUUCUCAUCAGGCACCUCCGCGCUUGACAUUUCAGAAUCAUAGCCCUAAGUCCAAUGGUUCAGCUCCUCCUGCACAACAGAUGAGAUUUCCCCCAAAUCAGAACCUACCAAGGCAAGCAAUAAAGCUCAACCCAUUGCAGAUGGCAUUCUUGGCACAGCAAGCUAUAAAACAGUGGCAGGUUGGUAAUGGACAAACUUCAACUGCCACUUCAACUGCAAGCAACAUAACAUCUACUCCAUCCAGUCCCACAAUCACUAGUGGCGGAUGUGAUGGGAAGACAUAUGGUGCUCCUGUGAUAGACUUGAGUUCUCCAGUGGGUAGCUCCUACAAUCUGCCAUCUCUUCCUGAUAUCGAUUGUUCAGGAAACAUCACACUGGAUACUGUGGCAAGGAAGGAUGGCACUGCAGAGCAGAGCCAGGCAAAACCCCCUUCAAACAGAACUGUGCAGUCACCAAAUUCAUCAGUACCAUCACCAGGCCUCUCAGGAGGCGUGAAUGUGACAAACAUACACCCUCCAAUUCGUUCACCCAGUGCCUCCAGCGUUGGGAGCAGAGAGAGUUCUGGCUCUUCUAGCCGGCCACUGGGAGCUGAUUCUACACAUAAAGUCCCAGUUGUUAUGUUGGAGCCGAUCAGAAUUAAACAAGAGUCAAGUGCACCAAAUGAGAACUUUGAUUUCCCAAUUGUUAUAGUGAAGCAAGAAACAGAGGAGGAAUCCCGGCCCCGGAAUACCACCUUUUCAAGAAGCAUACUUACUUCAUUGCUGUUAGAUGGCAAUCAUAAUUCCACUUCUGAUGAAGCUGUCAUAAGAACAGAUGCACCAGACAGCACAGAUGAUCAACCAGGGAUACUGCUGGAGAAUACAACCACUGGGAAGUCGGGAUGGAUAGGCCCCUCACACGCUGGGGAGGGCAGAAAAGAGGAUGAUCCCAAUGAAGACUGGUGUGCAGUAUGUCAAAAUGGAGGGGAGCUCCUUUGUUGUGAGAAAUGUCCCAAAGUGUUCCAUCUUUCUUGUCAUGUCCCUUCGCUGAUGAACUUUCCAAGCGGGGAGUGGAUUUGUACGUUCUGUCGGGAUUUGUCCAAGCCAGAAGUUGAAUAUGAUUGUGAUAAACCCACUCACAGCCCUGAAAAAAGAAAACUGGAAGAUACUGUGGGUUUGGCGCCAAUAGACCGUAGGAAGUGUGAAAGGUUGCUGCUAUACCUCUACUGUCAUGAAAUGAGUCUUGCUUUUCAAGAUCCAGUUCCUCCCACGGUUCCUGAUUACUACAAAAUAAUCAAAAAGCCUAUGGACUUGUCAACCAUCAAGAAAAGACUUCAAGUGACCAGUUCAUUCUACACAAAGCCAGAAGAUUUUGUGGCUGACUUCAGACUGAUUUUCCAAAACUGUGCUGAAUUUAAUGAGCCUGAUUCAGAAGUGGCUGAUGCUGGCAUGAAACUUGAAGCAUACUUUGAAGAACUUCUAACUAGCCUGUAUCCUGAGAGAAAGUUCCCUGUACAGCCUAACUGCCAGAGUGAAAGAGAGAACACAGAACUUAGUGAUGACUCAGAUGAUGACUUUGUACAGCCCCGGAAAAAACGCCUCAAAGGAGAAGACCGUCAGUCGCUUAAAUGAGACGCAUGUGUGACUAUGGAACGUUUUUUAAAAACUAAGAAUAUUUAUCAGUCAAUUGUAAAAAGGGGAAAAGUCAUGACUGCUUUGACCUGUAGGUUUGUGGAUAUUUACUAGACUUCCUACCCCUUGUCUGAAACACAAAUCUAAUGGAGAUCCUAGGCAUGUGGAAAGCUUCUCUGAAGUUCCAAACUUUCAUCAUACUUCUGGAACAGCACAGAAAUUGUGAUUUGUGUGGAGUGACAGCUGUUUAACUUUUCUUUGAGGAAGAAAAUAAGUUUGUAUAGAACUAAAUUUUAAAACGUUACAUGGAUUCAACUGAAUGGCUUUCUGAGUUUGAAGAAAAUGUGAUCUCACUGGACAUUUAAUUUUACCAAAGGCAUGUGGCUGGCCAUAACUUGAUUUUUGUACUGUAUUUAACACAAGCCAUGGAAACAGGUGGUGUAAUAUUGUUGUCCUACAAUACUGACUGGUACAAUGAAAGUGUAGUUACUCCCAAAGACAUUAUUGGCAAUUUUAAAAUGUAAGGGAGAGUGUAUUAAAAAACUUAAAAAAAAAAAAAAAAAAAAAAAAAAAAAGGAAUUCGAGAGUUUUUAAUAGAGGAAGCAAAGGAUACAGUGCUUUUGUACCACUUUUUUCAGCACCAGCAAGAAAUAAUGGUAUUUCUGUACUAUGUUGUUUAACAGGUGUCUCAUAUGUUUGAUGUGUUUCUGUUUAAUGGAGUCAAAGGCACAGACCCAAGGAAAAUAUGUUUGCUUGCAACUACCAGUCAAUCUUUGGGUAUGUUUGGGGGAGGGAGGGAGGGAAAUAUUCUUUCUGUCCACAAGGUCUUGUUGUUUUUCCAAAUUUCUAAAUAUUGUUGUGAGCAUACAGCCAGCAUUGUUAUUCUCUUGGAAGUACACAAGAGGAGGAAGAGUUUUUUUUAAAAAAUGUCCUGUUCUUUGACCCUUCAUCUGUCCUUGUUAAAAUUAUCAGAUGAGGACAAACUUUUGUUGUUGUUGUUCUGUCUACUUUCCAGAGAUGCUGACCACAACAUAGAUAGUCGUUUCUGCCCUCAGCAAUUUCAGAUUUAGUGAAGUACUUGUCUGUGGCUGCUCCAGCUAUUGAUUUAUAUUCUUCAUUUAUGUCAUCUUAAAUGAAAACUGAGUUUUAGGGAGAACAAGCACUCUCUUGGAUUAAUUGAGCUCUGAUGGUUCCAGAAUGUUUCAGAUGGUAUUAUGAAGAUGUGUGUGUACACAAGCCUGCUUUUUACUUGCUAUGUAGCACAGAUAACGGUGCUGUGGAUAGAUCACUGACAAGCAUAGACACAAAUGCUGCUUGUGUUUUACUGCUGUGUACCUGUGUACUUGGAACUUGCACUUGGAACAAGGCCUUUUUUUUUUUUUUUGCCUUUCACCAGGUGCCACCUGCCUUUGCCCUAGAGUGGCCCUGCAUAUUAAAUGUAAUAGAUAGUUCAGAAGAACACUCAGUCAGCCUUUCACAGUCACUAUAGUUUUUGAAAUUCCAGGAUGAUAUGGUUUUAAGCUGCCUAGAGUAACCAUUCUUUUUUUUUUUUCUCUUUUUUUUUUUGUGGAAAGCUUUAUUGCCUGAAGGUUAUGGAGACCAUUCUAACAAAACAGGCAUGAUCAGUGCAUACUGCAGGAGCACAAAGUUGAGAAACAUGAGGUGCUGCCAUUGCUACAUAAAGUUUUAAAGCUAGCACUGCCUAACCGUCCUAGAUACCCUGUCACCAAAUUAAGCGUGCUUCCAGAGGAUGCUGACAAGUGUUUCUCUGGACCUUAAGUUGCAAGCACAUAUUUAUUAGGCUUAGCACAGUUAGCGGUGAAAUUAGACACUUAUACAGCUUCAUACACAGCUUGUUCUUUCAGUGGAAAAUACUGGGGAGAUAAGUGUUGAUGUACUUGCAGUCCACUUGCUUCUCUCUCUGCUUCUGAUUUUUCACAUCAAAACAGAAAACUUUGAAAUCAUGCAGCCAACACUUGAACAAAUUAAAAAUAGUUUAUUCCAAAAAAAACACCAAAACACAAAAACCCAACCAACCCACAACCUCAUGCUCUGUUUUGUUGAGGAGUGUGAGUGGGGUAUACGACUCUUCCAUAGUCUGGUUUUCAUUCAGACUUUGCAGCAGUAUAGUUCAAAAUAGAUACGACAAAAAAAAAAAAAAUCCUCCUGAGCUGGAGGUGGGAAAGAAGCUAAGGAAUUACCUUACAUCAGUCUACUUCCCUUUUUCAUCAAGCUUCAGGUGUGUUUUCAUAAGAAAAAUAUUUAAAAACAAACAA